CGAAGUGUUUCGCUGGUCGCGUGGCCAGCGAUCGAUGUGAACUCGCUCCUUCAGCAGACUAUAAGAAAGACGGCCGUUCUACACGAACCUCCAACAGCGCGGCCAACAGAAACACAAGGGUCGGAUUUACAACACCGAAAGGGUACAAGACAUGGAAGUAAUGAUAGUUCCUCGGCCACGUUGACCCCAUCAAUUACAACAAUUAUCAAAUACCCACCAAUGAACAGUGCAGCUGGUAGUUCCACAGCUUCAGCCACACCACAGCAGAUAUCAUUGCAAUCGCUAAACGCUGUCUCAACUGUCACGGCCAUUUGUGGCAGUAACGGCGCCUCUGUGGUAACUACCGCAUCAGCACCCAGUAGUGGUCGAGUGAAGCGAACUUCCAAAUUUUCACCUGCUUCUACAGAGGCAUUCAACUGUGACCCUAUACUCUUUGGUCAGGAACGCAGAACAACCGAAAUUAUCUUAUAGCCAUGUGGCAAGAAUGGGGGAUACAAACCAAGAACUAAUGCCUAGAGUGCCAUACUUAUCUGAAGUUUCGCGGUCUGAAAAUAUUAUGCCUCGGCUGACUCUAUUUAAAUACGACCAUGUUAUACAUCUCGUAGUUUAAUGACGAUUAUCUAUUAGUUUCUUUUUGCAAGCUUGCUAGUCACUGUUUUGAAAUAUUUAAUUGGGCUGAUCACUUUGUUGUUCAAACAUGAUUAUCAUAUAAAUCCGAAUUUUUUUUAAUACUUUACAAUGCCUAUACAGAACGGAAGAUUUGAAAAAAAGGUAAAUUCUGAAAUUCGGCAUUCUGUGCGAUCAUCUAAAACUUGAUCUUUUACACACUUUAUCCAUACAUUUAUUUGAUAUUGGCGUGAACAUUCGUGGUAUUGACAUAGAGAAUAUAUAGAAAUAUCAAAAUUACCAUACUCUUUUUUACAGGUAUUUAAGACUUGAAUGAGUGUAGGAAAGUUUACGUUUUCCUCAUUUUAUUGUGUGAACUGGACUCUUGUUUCUAGAGUUUAUGAAACUAGACAAAUUUCGUUGUUUCUCGGGGGUUCAACUGUAAUUUAUUUAAAUUAAGUAACUAUGUAUUUGUAAAUUAAUGUAAAAUAUAUUUAGAAUGUAUGAAAAUAGCUCUUUUUAUAAAAUUUAGUUUUAGAUUUAAAAUAAGUGUUAUACAUUCUAAUAAAAAUUUACAACUUACAUUGAAA